AUGCCGCAAGACAUUCAUGGCCUCAAAGUUGUGAGAGUGUGUUGCUUAAGUGUGACAUUUCUGCUAUUUGUAGCAAGUCCAAUUCAGCACAGCAUCAAAAAUUUUGGAGGUGAAAGGACAGGUGACGCCAUCACAGUAGAAUGUUCAACUUUCCAUACGUGUCCAUACAGCAAACCAGCCAUCACUCUGAACGGUAUAGAAGGAUCUGAUCAAAUAGACAAUGAGCAUAUUAAAGACGGCCUGUGGAAAAUCACUCUGACACGCACAGGUGUGGUAAAGACAGUACAUUCGACUAUUGAGUGUUCUGUAACACAUUAUGGUGGAAUAACUGUAACAGCUACAAAAGAUAAAAGUGCCAAAUGUGUUCAUCAUAACAUAUCGAUUGAACCUGAACUGGCAGAUGUCACCGAGGGCAUCGCAAGGAACUUCACUUGUACCAUCUACCAUUCCUGCCAGAAUGAGAAUCCAAACAUCACAUGGAACUAUGAGAACAUGCAGGUCACAGAGUGGAACAAAACUCUUUCUGGUUUAGAUCAGAUCAUCUAUUCUAGCAUAACCUUUCUGGGUGCAAAAGAAGACCAUGGGAAGAAACUGAUGUGUAGUGCAAAAUUUUCUGGAAGAGAGAUUAUGGCAUUUGUUGUCUUAAAUGUCCAAAGUGAGUAAUUUAUUAGCAUUUUGUCCCACCCAUAUAUCAUCAUUCAUAUGGUUAUAUAUACUGAUUCUCCUGCGCUACAAGUCUUGUGAGUCCAAUCCAGAAAAGAAGCAUGUGCUUUGUUUUUUAUUAUUU